CCAUUUUUAAUUAACUAUUUUUCUCGACUAGAAAAAUCAGAAAAAUCGGCGGCGCAGAUUCCUUUUCCACUGCUUUGCGCACAUUAUUCGGCAUCUGACCGUCGUGAAACCGGUCGAAACUGUUGUCCAGCCGACUUCCGCUUCCCUCAAAUGAUAAAUGGUGACGACGGCUUCACUCUUGUAACUCGAAAGCCGCGUGCAACUCAUAAAUUGCGACCUUUGCCCUUGAUCCGAGACUCUACCAACCUUCCCAUAGACCCUGAGGCUCCCAGGGAUUUUGUAAUCAAACAGGUGUUGAGUUCAAAGGCCGAGGUUGAGAGCAGCCACUUCUUUAAGGGGGCGUUGUGCUCCCUGCAACAGAGUUUAGACCGCAGCGGCCAGCAAAAGGUCGAGCAUCUCUUGUGCUACGGACUCGGCUGCUUUGCCAGGUGCACAGCUGCUCGACAUCAGCUAGGCUUCCUCCUGGCCCUGAUUGCACAGAUUGGCCCUUGUACUUGCCUGCUGUACGACCCUCUCUUCUCUGAGCUCGAACGUGAGCUGCUCACCACCGAGUUUGGUCUUUCUUUAAUUGAGACCAACGAAGAGGGCAAACGAGUCAUUGAAGGGUGCACCCUGGUUUUUGCACCUCACUGCCCCAAACAACUGACCAACAACCUUCUGUGGGCCAAUUGGCAACCUGAGCGCCUUGCCCGUUGUCUUCUCCUGGCCAACAGCUUCAGUGCUGUAGCUCAGAACCCUGCCUGCCAACCUGAGACGGCGCAGUUCCUCCUCAGGGUUUUGCCACUCACGUCAGAGGUACCCCUCAAAAACUGUUUCCGCCUUCCAGACGUCUUCAACGACCUUGCCUUCCACUCGUUUGAAACCAAAAAGGUUAGACCUGAAUUUUGGCUGGAACUGCCAGCACCUGAAUAUCCUGAAAACGAUACUGGUAAAGUGAUCUGUGGAAAUGGCCGGCAAUCUUAGAACCUUGAGAGGGCUUAUCUCUGAAAUCCGGCGAUCAUCGUCUGAUA